AUGUGGCCCGCAGCUAAGCUGUACUGCGCCAAAGACGAAAUCGAGGCAGGCGCCAAGAUGCUGGCAGGCUAUUGCUCCGAAUAUGGGCUGAUAGAACUGGUCCCAUAUUCCGAGGUCCUUCCCAAUCUCACUGACGAGUUUAUUGCCUCCCUUCCUGUCGUCGAGUUCAGCGAUAUCAAUGAGACCAAGAUAUGGAGCCACGCCGUGCUAAUUUCUAAGAACUUUUACAAGGCUGGUGAGAGGACUGUGCACAUUGCGGUCGCUCACGUCUUUACCGCUGGGGGCUUGCAUCUGCCAACGACUCCUGGCUUCGGCAGGCAUGAGCACAAGUUCGAUCACGGGAUAAUACAAUCGGGACCUCUGCUUGCUUUGGACGACUAUGUGAGGCACCGAAUUGUCAAUGAGCCGCUUGUCUCUUCUGAUGGACUAGCGAUGCGUGCCCUCGUCCAGCUUAUUUUCAAUACCCAGAAAAGCAGCCAGUGGGACGGCCUGCGUCACUUCGCCUAUCAGCGAGAACGACUUUUCUACAAUGGGACGGACGCAGAUCUGGUUCUAAAAGGAAAGGAAGGCCAUUUGGGCUUGCAGAACUGGCACAAGGCCGGUGGUAUCGCUGGUCGCGGAGUACUGAUCGAUUACUGGACGUACGUUGAAGAACAGAGGAGAAUUUUCGAUCCGAUUAGAGGCGCCUCGAUCGAAUUUGACGACUUGAUGGACUGCUUUGAAGCUCAGAAAAGAGCCUCCAAGCAAUCUCUAGAGCUACGUGCAGGUGACAUCUUGUUCAUCAGAUCCGGCUAUACACAAGCGUAUCUCCAGCUCAACGAGCACGAAGAAGAAUCUGCUGGGACAACAAUGCCACCAGCCGCAAGCGGAGUCCAACAGGAUCCAAGGCUACUAAAAUGGCUUUGCGACAAUAGGUUCUCCGCGGUAGGGGGGUAUGCUCCCGGCUGGGAGUGUUUUCCUCCAGAACCCUCGGCUGGCUUCCUCUUCCAUGAAGUCCUCAUUGCGGGAUUGGGGCUGCCCUAUAGCAGAAAUGCUGUGGCUCGAAGAUCUUGCGCAGUAUUGUAA